AAACGCAACACUUACUCUUGUUCCCCGCGUCUUGUCACGACGCUCGUUUGAUAACCUGUGGGGACUUAGCGACUGAUUUCUUUUGGCAAACAGCACGGACACGUAAACAGCCUGUCAUUUAAAGCCAGCUGCUGUCACUGUUAAUUGUUUGAAACAACUCGUACAUGACUUCAGGAUGGUUGUGGACGACGUUCAGUUUCUGAGCAUACUGAAGGGAAAACGCGUGAAACUGACCCUGAAGACUUCGUCUUACCUCGGCGUCGUUCAACGAAUCAACCCCAACAAAACAUUGAUUUUGGCAGACGUGAGUGGCAGUAAUGGCUGCAAGUUUCCUGGCUCUAAAAUGUUCUUCGGGCAUGAGAUCUUGAACGUGGAAUUUACCAAUGAAGGUAAAACUAACCAUGGAAAUAUCCAAGAGCACAGACUGCAGGAGCACUUGGAAGUGGAAAAGUUUCAGCCAUACAGGAAGAAAAUGGCAUCUGUAUAUGAUGAUGAAGACGAGGAGGAGUAUAUCAACUUUGAAGUGAUUGAUCAGUUUCAUGAGAAAUUUGGACCAGCUGUGAUGCAUAUCAAGAAGCAGCGUGUGAUUGGUGUGGGUGCCGAUGGCGUUGAGGUGUUUCAGCAUGGGAGGCUGUGCUGGCUGCAGAUUUCCACUAAAAACAAAGUCUACCUGUUUGAUAUCCUGGUUCUUGGAGCGCGGGCCUUUAAGAAUGGUCUUUCCAUGAUCCUGGAAAAUAAGCACAUACUGAAGGUCAUUCAUGACUGCAGGGCUGUUGCUGGAUGUCUGGUUUCUCAGUUUGGAGUAAAGCUUACCAAUGUCUUUGACACACAGGUGGCAGAUGUCAUGAGCUUCUUGUCAGAGACGGGCGGUUUCCUCCCAGACAGAGUCAGUACUCUGCAGGAGGUGGUGAGUCUCCAUCUAAAAGUGCCCUCGUCCCAGCUUCUAUCACUUCAGAUGAAGUCACAGCUCACCAUGGAAGAAAGGGAGAUGUGGCAGAAGCGUCCCUGUCCUGUUCCCUUGCUGAAGGUGAUGGCUCUGUCGGUGAUCCAUCUUCAGCCUCUCAGACUGGUUCUGCUGGAUGCUCUCAUGACAGACUACGUGACCCUGGUGGAUUCAUACCUGAACAGCAGCCACUUCCAACCUGAUGAAUUAGAGCAUGUCAGCAUGGAGAGUGUGUUGGAGCUGCCCAAAGAGCUCAGGCAGUUUGAGCAGAUGCGUUGUGAGAAACAGGAAUGGGCUGCUGAUCACUUCCCUGUCAAUGAGAAAGGACUGCUGGCUCGCUUCAACCCCCGAGCUCAGCCUCCAUCCAAGACCUCAUCCGCAGUGGAGCAGCGUGGGCUGACGAAGGCUGGUUCCUUUCAACCUGAAACUGUGGAUUCACCUUCCUCAUCACCAGCAGACCUUCAUCCUACUAGCCCUCCAAGAGACACCAAAGUCCUGUCUGGGGAAUUCCCUGUUUCCUCUGUCCCAACAACUCAAGUUCCAUUACAAGCUGCUGGAUCAGAUGUCUGCAAACCAAUUUCCCCAACUCAUGGUGCAGCACGAGGGCACAUGGAGGUGCUGAUGGAUGCAAUGGGUAGAGGAAGGCCCUUUGCGAAAGACUCAUCAGUCUCGCCCUUGCCUGCUUUUGGAAGAGGGUUCCUUCUUCAGAUGUCACAAGCUCAGACCCCCAGAGAGAGCACAGGGGACCAAGGGACUGCUCCUUUAAGCCCCAACCAUACGUUUACCAAAGAAUUGAUGACCGACCAUGGUCCCGGCCCUGCUAAGGACUCUGCAGCCUUGAGGACACCCCAGUCCCUCUCAUCUUCACCCAUGCAGUCAUUCAGGCCUUUCAGCUUUUAAAGCAAGUCUUAAAAACGUUUCAGUUCCAUAGUUUGUGAUGUCAUACUGUGACCAGUAGGUGGCAGUAAAUGCUCUGUUUUGUGUAAGAGUUUGUUUGGUAGAAGUUGAUACUGAAAGUGUUAUGUUUUCAAAGAAUAAUAAUUUAGCUUUAAUGUUAAAUUUCAGGUCAUUUAAAUACAAUUUUUAUUAGUUAUUAUGACGCAAUGUCAAUUUGUUUGUUCCUUCGUUUUGUCACAUGUCUUAAGAAAUUUGCCUUAAAAUCCUUCUCGUUAUGAAAACGUGGUUAUUAUUUGCAGUCUUUACAGUAUAACCAAGACAAUCUUCUUUAUUUAGUGUUUGAUACCAAGUAUCAUAGACUUAUUUUGAUGGUGGAGUAUUUUUAGUCAUGCAAAGUGUGGCUGUGUGAACACAAACUACAACCACAAACAGCUCCACACACCUUUUUGUCUUUACCGUAGCAUGCUAAGCAUAGCUUGCUUGAUUGCCAAUACAGCUUGGCUUCUGUGCCUCAUUGAUUGACUGUGAGAAACAGACGGUCAUUGAUGAAUCAGCUGCUAAUUUAGCAAAAACACUGCUAUAGCUGUCACCCCUUUUGAUGACUGAUGGGAAAAAAAACAACACAAGACUUGCGCACACAGGCUGAGCAGUGAUCCUCACUCUCUGCAACCUCACUCAUGUCUGCAGCUCGUAUGUACAUGAACACAGGUGCCAAACAUCUGCUGUGUUCUAAAAAAAAAGCAGGUCUUAAACAUGAAAUGUGCAGCUUGAGGUGCCAUGCAGAUAUUGCAGAGAGCCACUGCACAUCCAUUUCAGCCUGGAUCAAGGCAUGGAUGUAACAGCAGGGCGUUGCUCCAGCCUACAGCGCAAAUGAGCCCCCCAUAUUAAUCACAUCUUAUUGCUAUGGUUAUCUACAUGCAGCGGCUUGGGCCCUAUCCAGAGCUUUUUUAAUUGAAAGCAUGAAACAGAUAAAGUAGGAUUUUAAUUAAUUGGGAGGCAGCCCGGCACAAAGCCUCACAUCUCUCUUAGCAACCAGCUCCUCCUCAGCUUCUGCUAAACACAAGCAGGGUGGAUCCCACCCAUAUGCCUCCUUUAACCCUUUGAAAUGUGUUUUUUCUUUACUCAAUCUGUUAAACUCCUGUAAGUAAACCUCCCAUAAUAAAAUUUUCUGUAACAAAACAUCA